AUGGCGAAGGACUGGCUGUGCACGCCCGAGGAGCGCCAGGUCUGCCAGGCGCUCGCGGAGGUGCAGAAGCAGGUCGGGGCGAAGAGCGUGCAGGCGCUUGCGAUCGCGUGCGUGAUGCAGAAGGUGCCGUGCGGGUUCCCGAUCGUCGGCGGGCGCAAGGUCGAGCACCUGGACAGCAACAUCGAGGCGCUGGACGUCGCGCUCAGCGAGGCGCAGAUCAAGUACCUCGGGGGCGUCCUGCCGUUCGACAAGGGUUUCCCGCGCAACUUUGUGGGCGACGGCGAGUCGUACACCGGGCUGAUGAAGAACGCGGCGCAGUUCGAGAAGUGGCCCAUGCAGCAGGCCAUCCGUCCGUCGAAGACCCUCGAGAGCUUCUGA